CACAAGUGCUCUGUUUUCCUGUAAUGGCGGAGCACGUAGAGACAGACGGCAUCGGCUUCGACGAGAGCAGGAUGGCGCAGCAGCAAGCUCUGCGCUUCCGUGGUCCGGCGCCACCGCCUGCCACGGUGAUGCGGGGUCCUCCGCCCCUGCUGAGACCUCCCCCUCCUCCCUUUGCUAUGAUGAGGGGCCCGCCACCUCCUCCACGCCCACCUUUCGCACGCCCACCUUUUGAUCCCAGCAUGCCUCCCAUACCUCCACCCGGGGGUAUGCCUCCACCGCUGGGACCACCGCAUUUGCAGAGACCUCCAUUUAUGCCUCCACCAAUGGGCAACAUGCCUCCUCCACCAGGAAUGAUGUUCCCUCCUGGAAUGCCCCCUGUGCCCACACCUGGUGCCCCAACACUUCCACCAACAGAGGAGAUCUGGGUAGAGAAUAAAACACCAGAAGGAAAGGUCUACUACUACAAUGCUCGCACUCGGGAGUCAUCAUGGAGCAAACCGGAAGGGGUGAAGGUCAUCCAGCAGUCAGAGCUCAACCCUCUGAUGAUGUCCCAGGCAGCAGCUGCAGUGGCUGCAGCUUCUUCAGCCAGUCUCCCGGCAGCCAGCACAGCAGCCCCCGUGUCCACUCAGGCACCAUCUCCAGGUCUCAGCUCCAGCCCUUCUGCUGGCACCACCCUAACCCCAGCUGUGUCCCAGCCCAUUUCUGUCCCUACACCUGUUGUGGAAGUGACUCCCGUGGUGUCAUCGCCCUCAAAUGCAGGGGUUGCCUCAGUGGUCACUGUUAGUGUCCCUGCGGCCAGUGCCACGGCAGCGCCUGUUCAGGCUGUGUCUGUUCAGACUGUACCCCAGCCACUGGCCCAGAGUCUCCCAGCCACUCUGGCCCAUGCGGUGCCACAGCCAGCUGCCGCCAUCCCAGCCUUCCCCCCUGUCAUGGUGCCACCCUUCCGAGUGCCUCUGCCUGGGAUGCCCAUACCACUGCCUGGUUUACUGCCAGGGAUGGCCCCUCCCUUAGUUCCCAUGAUGCAUCCGCAGAUGGCCAUUGCAGCAGCUCCAGCCACACUAACUGGGACGCUGUCACUCACAGAGUGGUCUGAAUACAAGACAGCUGAUGGGAAGACCUACUACUAUAACAACCGCACAUUGGAGUCCACUUGGGAGAAGCCGGAGGAGCUGAAGGAGAAGGAUAAGGAAGCUGAGAAGGCAAAGGAAUUCAAAUUGUCCAUUGAAGAUACUGAUCUAAUGGAUAUGGAAGAUGAGGAACCCAAAGCAGAGCCCACCAAAGAUAUCAAAGAAGAACCCAAGGAGGAAGAGAUGACGGAGGAGGAGAGAGCAGCACAGAAGGCUAAGCCAGUGGCCACAACACCCAUCCCCGGGACUCCCUGGUGCGUUGUGUGGACAGGGGAUGAUCGCGUGUUCUUCUACAACCCCACUACUCGGCUUUCCAUGUGGGACAGACCCGAGGAGCUGAUUGGUCGAGCUGACGUGGACAAGAACAUCCGAACCCCACAUAAGAGGGGUUUGGAGGACAGCCGCAAGCUGGGAAUAAGUAAGGAGGAGCUGGAGGCUGCAGCCGCAGAAGCCCUGGAGGAUGAGCCUAUUAAGGCUAAGAAGAGAAAGAAGGAAGACGUGAAAGAGGCAGAUACAGAGAAAGAGGCGGCCAUGGAGGCGGAGAUCAAGGCCGCCCGAGAGCGUGCAGUCGUGCCCCUGGAGGCGCGUAUGAAACAGUUCAGGGACAUGCUGCUGGAGAGAGGGGUUUCGGCCUUCUCUACAUGGGAAAAAGAGCUCCAUAAAAUAGUGUUUGACCCACGCUACCUUCUGCUUAACCCCAAGGAGCGGAAGCAGGUCUUCGACCAGUAUGUCAAGACUCGUGCUGAGGAGGAGAGAAGGGAAAAAAAAAACAAGCUCAUGCAAGCCAAGGAAGAGUUCAAGAAGAUGAUGGAGGAGGCAAAGUUAAAUAUCAGGAUGACAUUCAGUGAAUUUGCUUCAAAGCAUGCCAAGGACAUGAGGUUCAAGGCUAUAGAGAAAAUGAAGGACCGAGAAGCCAUGUUCACGGAGUUCAUGACUUCUCUCAGAAAGAAGGAGAAAGAAGAUUCUAAGAGCCGUGGUGAGAAGGUGAAACAGGACUUCUUUGAGUUGUUGUCUGACCACCACAUUGAUGGACAACUGCGGUGGAGCAAGGUGAAGGACAAGCUGGAAAGCGAUCCCCGCUACAAAGCAGUGGAGAGCUCAGCCAUGAGAGAGGACCUGUACAAACAGUACGCAGAAAAAUUGACCAAGAACCUGGACUCAGACAAGGAGAAGGAGCUGGAGCGGCAGGCCCGCAUCGAGGCCAGUUUGCGGGAGAGGGAGCGGGAAGUGCAGAAGGCCCGCUCAGAGCAAACUAAGGAAAUUGACCGGGAACGAGAGCAGCACAAGAGAGAGGAGGCCAUCCAGCACUUCAGAGCACUCAUGUCAGACAUGGUGCGAUCAUCAGAUGCUUCGUGGUCAGACACACGGAGAAACCUGCGGAAGGACCAUCGCUGGGAGUCGACUUCAUUGCUAGAGCGGGACGAGAAGGAGAAACUCUUCAAUGAGCACAUUGAGGCCCUUACCAAGAAGAAGAAGGAACACUUCCGACAACUACUUGAUGAAACCACAUCGAUAACAUUAACAACCACAUGGAAGGAAGUUAAGAAAAUCAUCAAAGAGGAUCCUCGCUGCAUAAAGUUCUCUAGUAGUGAUCGGAAAAAGCAGAGAGAAUUUGAAGAUUAUAUCAAAGACAAGUACAUCACAGCCAAAGCGGACUUCAGAACACUCCUAAAGGAGACAAAAUUCAUCACGUACAGGUCCCGGAAGUUGAUACAGGAAUCAGACCAGCACCUUAAAGACAUUGAGAAAAUCCUCCAGAAUGACAAGCGGUACCUAGUGCUAGACUGUGUUCCUGAGGAGCGCCGAAAGCUGAUCAUGUCCUACAUCGAGGAUCUGGAUCGCAGGGGCCCACCCCCGCCCCCCACUGCCUCAGAGCCCACCCGCCGUUCAACUAAGUGAGCCGUCCUCCCAUGUCUCCAGCCUUCAGAGGGCCGCUGCAUGAGCCGUCCUGCAGACCUGUGACUGCACAGUAUUAGCAAAUGUUGUCAUGACAUGGAAUAUCCCAGCAUUCACAUAACAUCAUCGUAGUCCACAAGUGAUGCGACCGAAGAUCUAUGAAGUUCAGGCAGACAGUGAUAGAUAAGGGUAUGUUAUCCACAAUGGUGGAUUUAGUGACGGUUCACCAACCUGUAAGAUUUUUCUAGUUUGUUUUUUAUGUAUGUGUAUACACAUACAUGUGUAUAUAUACUUACUCACGGAGUGGAGAUGGUUGAUAAUAGUAGUGGCUGUUUUGACAAAAUUCAUUGUAAUGAUACAGUAUGGUUUGAAUGUUUAAAUGUUUCUAAAAGUUGAAUUUAAUUUUGUUGUUGCUCUGUUUCUGUACGAGUUUACCAGAAUAAAGCAGCCUCCCAUUUUUUA